AUGGGUCUGAAAUCGGGUACUAUUACAUCUGGCCCAGUUCAAAGGCCCAACCCAGAAAUAGCAAGUAGAGAUGUGCCCGUUGCACAAGUGGCAAAACAGACUCAUGUGGUUCAAGCUCCUCUUACUGCAAGUCAUGCAGAAAGACCUGAGAAGUUCGAUGGAGCGAAUUUCAAAAGGUGGCAACAGAAGAUGUUGUUUUACCUGACUACAUUGGGCCUUGCAAGGUUCCUAACUGAGGACGCACCACCUAGUAGUGAAGAGAGUGACAAAGAAACUCUGAUGGCGGUGGAUGUGUGGAAUAAUUCCGAUUAUUUAUGUCGGAAUUAUGUCCUUAAUGGCCUAUCUGAUUCCCUAUAUAGAGUGUACUGUAGCGCGAAAUCAGUAAAAGAGCUGUGGGAAACUUUGGACCGGAAGUACAAGACCGAGAAUGCUGGAUCCGGAAAGUUUGUGGUAUGCAGAUUUUUGGACUAUAUGAUGGUGGAUACUAAGCCACUAAUGAGUCAGGAGAUGGAUAUGGAAGCUCUUAUUAGCAAGCUUCGCAUAAAAGAUGAUAAUAGGAAAUCUGACAGGAGAUCUAUGAAGGCCGCUGUGAAGGCUAAUGUUGUAAAGCAUAAGAGUAGCUCCAAGAGUCAAAAGAAGAAACCUGGAAUGAGUUCCAAGUUGGGGCCUAAAGGAGGCAUCUCCAAAAAGGCCAAGUUCCAAGGAAAAUGCUUCAAUUAUGACAAGAUGGGUCACAGAGCGGCAGAUUGUAGAUUGCCAAAAAGAAAAAGGAACAAGGAGGCACAGAUGAUGGAGCAUAUCACAAGAGAGGUUGAUGAUAUUGACCUAAGCGCUGUUGUCUCUGAGGUGAACUUAGUGGGUUCUAACCCAAGAGAGUGA